AUGUACAAUAUCGGGAAGAUAAGAGCCAUGAUUAACAGUCAUCUCAGCGGAGGUCGUCACAUUCAGUCUCAGUUCAGUUCCUGGGCUGCUGAUCUUAACACUGCCAUAGGCUACGGCCGCACAUUUCCUACUUCUCAGAUCGCCGUUUUCGACGCAACUCGUACCGAAGCCCAUGUAAAAGUCCACCACACUCCAGAUCUUCAUUAUGUGAGUUUGCCAGUCUACUCUUACCCCCAUGAGUACUUGGCUUACGGGCCAAUUCGAGGUGAUGCAUUUCGCUGUAUGCCGGUAAAGGAAAUGACAACGAUCGGCUUUCCCGACAUCUUUGACCCAAGCAACCGCGAUUACUGGGCCACAGUGAGUAAGAAAAGCAUGCCUUCGACACCUCAGAAUGCAAUGAUCACUGCCAAGAAAACUGGGUUACGAUUUCAAAACCAUGGUGGCUCCGGCCCUGACGUCGUUGUUGCGCUUACCGCCGCCAUCAUGGGUAUUUUGUACAACAGACGGGGAGAAACUAGUUGUAACCAGAGAGUGACAAGCAUGGCUGCCAAAAUCCUAGCGGUACAAUUGAAAGCGAUUGGCUAUAGGCGUCAUGGCUGUGCAGAAGCACAACUGACCAAUCCCAAGACACUUACGGAAGGCUCCCUUGCGCUAAAGUGA